GGGUCGAAUUCUGAGAAUCAGGAAUUUAUAAUGACACUGUUUAGAUUUUGCGUACUGCAGGCGAGUUCUCGAGAAUUGGCUGACCGACUUCAAGAUUUCUCACAAGGAGGCAUUUAUUCAGUGAAAUAAGGUAUUUAUGGGAGCCGCAGUGGAUAUCCGCUCUGGUCAGCAGUGGGAAGAGCUAAAUGAUAUCCUGACGAGUAAUUUCGAAAGUAUUUUCGAGUUUGGAGACAUAUCCAAGAAAAAGGCAGUACAAAAAACGUUUGAAAUAGUACCAUUCAUAACAGAGCUUAUAACGGGCGUAAAGAUUUUACCAAGUGGUAGUGCAAUGGAGGGUAGUAUGAUGGACCCAAGAUUCAGAGGAAUAGAGGCCGAUGCCAUGAUAUGCCCCCGACAACUUAUCAUUUAUCCAACCCAACAGCGAGAUAUGUUCCAGUACAUCCCAGAAACCCCAGGAUACAUCCGACUUCGCAUUCCCAGCGAGCAAAAGGAACAUAUGCUUCAAAUAAUGGAGGACCUGAACAAAUUCGCUAUACAUAAAAAAUCUGAUUCUGGGGAAUUAUUUCUGAUAGCAAAAUUUUCAAUUGACAGUAUGUUAGAGAAUAUUCAAGAAAAAAUCCCAGAUAAUAUCUUAAUGAGAGUUCUUUCGGACAGCCUGCAUCUAGACCGUCUAUUCGCGUCUGGUUCAACUCAAGGUCCUGCGGCUAAUAUCUCUUUGGAGGGGUUUGCAAAACCAUUAGAAGAGUUGAGUAAGCCUAAAGACCUACUGAAACAAUUAGCAAUCAACAUAUGUGAUAAACGGAUUUCAAAACCAGCUAACGAAGACAGAUAUGAAGACAAUUCUAACAGAGAAUCUCCUUCCAAACGGAAGUGUUACGAUUACAUGUGUCUUGACAAUGAAUUACCUAAUGCACUAAGUGUGGACUGUGUGAUCGCAUUAGAAUGCGUGGGAUGGCCGGAAAUCGCUUCAGGAUUCUUCAAGAGAAGCAGAAACUGGCCACACCCAAUAACCCUUGACAAGAUACGCAACGACUGCUUCCAUCUUGUGUACAAACCGCUGGACAAGGAAUCCGCAGACUCGGUCGAGUGGCGAAUCUCAUUCUCCAAAGCAGAAGCUGCUCUCUUUUAUUCCAUGAGCCCUCCCAUGAUGCAUUGCUACCGCAUCUUUAAGGCCAUUUUCUACUGCGAGCUGACAUUACCCAAGGUUCUUUGCUCUUAUUACAUGAAGACGAUCUUCCUGUGGACGUGUGAGCGGCUUCCUGAAGAGGUCUGGGACGAGUCUUGCCUGGCGCAGGUGGUGAUGGGAUUGCUUGACGAGCUUGUACAUUGCCUGGUUACAAAGUCUUGUCCACAUUACUUCAUCCCAGAAUGCAAUCUGUUUGAACAUGCGCAUCAGGAUUUCCUUCUGGAUCUGGCGAGAAAGGUGCUGGAGAUACGAGCCCACCCCGACAGGUAUCCCAAAAGAACGUCGAAGGUGCACGGCGGAGACUCAACCCAGUCCCCUCAGUCGCAGAUGGACACUGCGCAAGACAUAGAGCUUGACUAAACCGUCAAAAUAGCCAAUUAGGGUCCUGAUUGCACCACUAAACAAACUUAAGCCAAUCAGGAACCUACUUCUAUAUAGUUGCAAAUGGAACUAGCCAAUGAGAUUUACUUUUAUUAUUCAAAUGGGAAACGCUAUUCAGGGUCGCUGAUAAUUGAAAUACGGAUAGCUUAAGGAGUGUUCUAGAAGGUCCAUUAUUGUAAAAAACUUACGAUGAUUUCAAAUUGAGACAACAGCAUUUGUAGGUUUUGUAAUCGUUGUGAGCUUACUCUUUUGUAAAUAAUGUUUUUUUUUUAUAUAUCCAGAAAGAAACAAUCGUGAUAUCGAAUAAGUAUGAAUCAUAAACAUGCAACUUGAUUAUCGUCAUGCCAGCGUAAAAAUCUUUUCCGUAAAUGUGAAGUGU